AUGGCGCCCAUCAUUAUUAUUGGAGCAGGCCUUGUAGGCUUGACUCUAGCACAGGCGUUGAAAAAGGCUGGAUUUGAGUUCGAGUUCUAUGACAGAGAUAGCAGUCUCGAAGAGCGUCCGGCGGGAUGGGGCAUUACAAUGCACUGGGCACUUUCUGCCCUUGAAUCUUGCCUGCCUGCAGAUGUCUUUAGGCAACUUUUGUCUAUUCAAGUAAAUCCGGCGGAAGGUGGAAAAGAAAGUGACUGCUAUCGCUUUUUGGACCUUGAGACAGGCCAGGACAAAUAUCGCUUUCCCUCAUCGACUCACUAUCAACUAAACCGAAAAGCGUUUCGUCAACUUCUCAGCACUGUCCUCAACGUUCACUGGGGGAAACGAUUCACAGGAUUCAAUCCCACCGAAGACAGCGUCCUGGUCAAAUUUGAUGAUGGAUCUACAGUACAAGGCUCAAUGCUCCUCGUCGUGGAUGGCAAAAAUAGUCGCACGAAACGGUUACUAGUGGGUGAAGAGAAGUCCAAGCUGAAUCCGCUCCCGGUUGCGUUUGUGGGUAUCAGCCUGCGCUUGUCCCCCGAGAAGAUGAAGCCAUUUCGGGAUAUCCACCCUGUGCUUUGGCAAGGAACGCACCCAGGUACCGGGUACUACCUAUUUUCCUCAAUGCUGUCGACGCCCCAGAGCAAUGGGAGUGUCGGUACAGAUAAAGAGUUCUAUGAAGGUCAGUUCAACAUGAGCUGGCUCGUCGACCGCAAUGGACCAUUGCCAAAGUCUCCAGCAGACCAACUGGCUCGCGUUAAGCAAGCAGCUGGGAGUGACACCGGUUUCUUUUCUAGCCUGCGACAAGCUAUCAUGGAUAUACCGGAUGACAGUCCGAUGCUUGAGAUCAGGUUGGAGGACUGGCCCACCCAAGACUGGCCUUCGAUUGGAGGAAGAGUGUCACUCCUUGGUGAUGCCGCUCAUACAAUGACAAUGUAUCGGGGCGAAGCUGCUAAUCAUGGUAUAUGUGACGCUGCACGGUUGCGGGAUGAACUUGCACUGUGGAGAGAUGGAAAGCAAUCUCUAGAGCGAGCAUUACACAAGUACCAGAUGGAGGUCAAGAGCCGCACUCACGAUGCAGUGAUAAUGAGCCGUCACGCUUGUCUUGACUGCCAUGAUCUAAACUCUCUCAAAGUGGAUAGUCCAGUUUUCCAGGUGGUCGGCAUACAUUUGAAGUUAGAGAAUCAUAAUGACCUCUUUGAUUGA